AUGUGCAUCUCAGGACACUCAUCAGAGAUGCGGGUGCCACAGAAUGUUCCGGUGACACGUCCUCCAUCACCAGAUGCAUUAGGACAUAAAGGCCUACGACAAGGGCAUCUAAAAGUUGAGCCGACAGAAGAAAGCAAAGCUUUCAUGACUUUUGUUAUCCCACACGACAAAGAGCAACUUUUGACGGGGUUUUUCGGGGAGCUACAAGAUAGAGAAUCUGAAUUUGGCAUCUCAGACAUUCAGCUCGGUCUUGCCACUCUUGAAGAAGUGUUUUUGAACAUAGCUAGACGUGCUGAACUAGAAAGCGCAACUGUUGAAGGAACCAUGGUCACUCUCGAGUUAGAAUCAGGCAUCGCAGUCGAGAUACCUGUGGGAGCAAGAUUUGUAGGUAUCCCUGGAACAGAAAACGCAGAGAAUCCAAGAGGAAUAAUGGUGGAAGUGUAUUGGCAACAAGACGGGUCAGGAUCGAUGUGCAUCUCUGGACACUCGCCGGAGAUGCGGAUACCAGAGAAUGUCUCAGUGAUAUAUGAACCAUCAUCACAAGUAUUAGGACAUGGGCAGCGACGAGUUCGGGGAAUUGUGAUUGAUUAUGAAUCUAACAAUUAACAUUCCCUUCUUGGGCAGUUUGGGAUCUACAUAUGUUCUAUUUGGUUUACGCUGGAGUUUAAAAACAGUUAUGGAGACAAUUAGAAAGUUAUGUUGUCAAAUUUUCACAGUGAGAAAAAUUGUUCUGUUUACACU